AUGAGCGCAUCAAGUUGGAGACCUGGCAAGCGAGUCGCUAUCGUUGGCGGAGGCCCUGGAGGAAUAUCUACUGGCCUCGCCUUUCUCAAGCGUGGAUAUGACGUCCGCAUAUUUGAGCGUCAACCCGAAUGCCAGGCGAUCGGAGGCGCUGUGCUGCUCUCUACCCCAGUAUUGGCGGUGUUGCGCUCUUACGGAAUGAGUCUAGAGAAUGUGGGCUCUUACACAGUAACUCAUUUCGCGAACAAAUUCGGGGCCGUUCGCGCUAAGCUACCCUUCAAUCAGGAGGUGGAAAAACGGAUGGGCAUCAAAGGCUGGCAUUAUGGUGUUCUUCGAUCCUCGGUGUAUAAGAGAAUGUUAGAACUCGUUCCCGAAGGUGUCAUAUAUGCGGAUCACGAAUUUGAAAGUUAUACCGAGCUGGAUGAUGGGGUGAAGGUCAAUUUCAAGAAUAAAAAGGAGAUCGUAGCAGAUAUUCUUAUUGGUGCAGAUGGGAUUCGCUCAGGGGUUUCUCGUCAGGCAUUUGGCGACCCUAAGCUCUUUCAUACUGGUAUCCGUCUCUGGCUCGCCUGGUGCGAUCACAUUCCCAACGUACCAGAACAUCAAGGAGUCAUCUCACACAACUGGCAAUACCAAGUGAGCUAUUUUCCUAUGCUUCAUGACGGCAAACCUGGCUUCGAGUGGUGGGUGGUGGAGCCAUCGUGGGAGGGGAAACCGGUUCCGGAGAACCCCAGGUCGCAUAUCGCCGAGAUUGUGAAAGAUUGGGCACAGCCAAUGCCUCGAUUUCUAGAAGUCACCGAUUUUGACAGUCAGGUCUAUCGCUGGGAGAUAUAUAAUAGACCCUCACUCAAGCAGUGGUCUACUGGAAGGAUUGUGUGCAUUGGCGAUGCCGUGCACCCAGUCUCGCCAUAUGCUGCGUACGGUAUGGGUAUGGCAAUAGAAGACGGCUAUUUUCUCGCUAGAUCUCUGGAAGGGGUGGAUUUGCGUGAUAUAAAAGCCAUCAGUGCUGGUUUUGAGCUCUAUGAGAAGCAAAGAAUCGGCUAUGUGAAUCAUAACAUGGAAUUCGCACGGUUCCUAGGAACAAUGUUUCACAAAUUGCCCUGGCCCAUAGCAAAGCUACGAGAUUUGUUGUUUGACUAUACUCCUGCAUUAAGCAGAUUUCUGCAAACUGGAUACCUCGAGAAGGCCGAGACUGAGACUAUGAAUUUGAAGGAGCUGCAGGUCGCAUAA